UGUGGUAACAAUGCUGUGAGCUGAUCAGGAAAAUUAUGCACAUUAUAUAAUAAAAAAAGAACCUCAUUUGACAUAUUUGAGACGAAUCAAAAACUAUUAAUAUCUGAUACAUGCAAAAUUCCCUGCUAUGACAUCAGCUGAAAAAUUAAAAGAAAGCACCUUCCCUUACUCAAGCAUGCCAGAGCACUUAGUGGCUCAUUCUGUUUUGAAUCUGCCCUCAUAAUAGUAAAGUUCUGCAAUAUAUUAAGAAACGUAAUGACAACCAAUACGUGUGUGGCCAGAUCUCUCACACUGUAAUGACAUGGUAACAAGAUAAUCUGAUUCAGUAAUGUUGGUUGAGGAAUAAAUAUUGACAAUGACACCAUUCUCUGCUUUGAAACUGCACUAUUAUACCUCUUAUGACAGAAGCUCAGUUGAAUGAUUCAUGCAAAAUUCAACAGCUCCAGCAAAUUAAACAUUGGCUCAGCCUGCAAAACCCAAAUCCUUGAAUGAAUAUAUAAAACGUAUAAGAUUAAUUUCUGUAUUUAUGUGUCACCUUGUAUUUAGCACUUAGGUUUGUAGAGUUCCAUGGACUAUUGCCAACCAAGUCUGUGUCCAUUCAAUACCAUAUAUCAAAAGACACCAUGUAACAUGAUUGAAUUUAAACUACCCCUUAGUAUUUUCUCAUUUUAAACUCCCUUAUAUAUUUAUAUUAAAAUAAUGAUGUUUCACCAAGAGAUUGGAGACAAUUAAAAUUGACCUUUUUAAAACAUUUAUAUUUCUACAAAAGAAUGCAAUAGACUAAUUGUAUGAUCUUGUAAUAGAUUUCCUGGCACACCUCUUUGUAAUUAGGAAACAACCGUACAAAGGCAGUGAUUUGUGUUAUUUACUACAGACUAAUUACCAUCUAUUAGAGAUUAAAAGCAGCCGUUUCCCAAAUACUGUUUUAUUACAAGAGUUGGAACUUAAUGUACUAGGAAAAGCAUUUAAAUUGAUUGAUGUGACUGUCAUACUCUGACAGGUGCUAUGAGUUAAGCAAAAUAGAAAUACCUAUCGCGGGAUGUAUGCUUCUACCUUUUUCCCUACAGCUGUUUUCAACUUUCCAGCUGAUUAUAGCAUAGUAUCACAACUCUAAAUUAAGCUAAAUACAUAAUGUCUUGAACUGAGGUAGCAGUUAAUAGUCUUGAAUUCUAUCUGACAUAGUUAAACAAUCUAACUGAAAAACUGAUUGACAUGAGUUCUAUCGUAUGUAUUUUGCAGUACUUUUAUCCAAAGAAGAAAUUAUAAUUUACUAUGAUAAUAAAACAUACUAUUUUAUCACUAUAUGGCUAAUUAAAAUUAAUCAGUCUUUUUUUUCUCGGGACUGAGUGUGAGGUGUUGCACUUUGGUAGGACCAACCAGGGUAAGGUGUAACACAGUGAAUAGUCAGGCACUGAGGAGUGCAGUGGAACAAAGGGAUCCCGGAAUACAGGUCCAUUAUUCAUUGAAGGUGGUGUCACAUGUUGAUAGGGUCUCAAAGAAAGCCUUUGGCACAUUAAUCGUUGUAAGUCAAAGUACUGUAUUGAGUACAAGAGAUGUAAUGUUAUGUGUAAAUUGUAUAAAGCAUUGCUGAGGCCUAAUUUGGACUAUUGUGUGUAGUUUUGGUCACCUACCCACAGGAAAGAUGUACAUAAGGUUAAAGGAGUACAGAGAACAUUUACUCUUUCAGUGAUAUUGCUGGGACUUGAUGACCUGAGUUAUAAGGAAAGAUUGAAUAAGUCAGGACUUUAUUCCUUGGAAUGUAGACGAUUGAGAGGAGAUUUGAUAGAGGUAUAUGAAAGUAUGAGGGGUAUAGAUAGGGUAAAUGCAAGCAGGCUUUUUCCACUGUUUGUUGGGACUACAACCAGAGGUCAUGGGUUAAGAGUUAUAGGUGAAAAGUUUAAGGGGCGCAUAAGGGGAAACUUCUUCACUCAGAGGAACAAGCUGCCAGCACAAGUGGUCCAUGCAAGCUCAAUUUUAUCAUUUAAGAGAAGCUUGGAAAUGAGCCUAGAUGGUAAGGGCAUGGAGGGCUAUGAUGCCAGUGCAAGUCGAUGAGAGUAGGCUGUUUAAAUGGCUGGGCAUGGGCUGGUUGUGCCGAAGGACCUGUUUCUGUGCUGUACUUCUCUAUGACUCUAUGGCUUCCGCUUCGGUUUUGUGGAUUCUGAGUUGGCAAAUGUCGCCACUGGGGAACUGUAGAUUCUACCCUAGAUAGGGCAGGAGUGGUGGCGGAGGUGGACAUGUGACUUGCUGCUUCUGACAUUUACACUGGGCCUCUAAUAUUUCCAUUGCAUGGCCUCAUGUUGCGAAGAGUCACUCUGAAUGUUCCUUCUCCACUUUGCCAUGGGCUAGAGACAAUGCACUUCUUCACAGAUGCAUUGAGCACACCCUCUAAUCUUUUCCUCCGCCCAUCGAAUAACUUCUUCCCAGAACAGUGUGUGCUGAGAGUAGAGCGUCUGUGUCAGGAAUCUGGUGAUAGGCGUGAAGGCCACUAGUGUUUAGGAUGCUAAUCCUAGUUGUGCUAUUGGCACUUUCCUCUCUAAUCCUAUUUCCUUGCUGUGUUGACAGAUAAUUGGAUACUGAGAAAGACAGGUAUUGGGUGAGUGAGGAGAAGAAGAUGAUUCCGAGGAAAAAGAUGAAACAUAAAUAAGAAUUCUAAAGCAUCAGUGAAACAAGAGCUGAUUAUUGACUUCAGGGGAGGGAAACCAGAGGUCCAUGAGCCAGUCCUCGUCAGAGGAUCAGAGGUGGAGAAGGUAAGAAACUUUAAACUUCUCUGUUAUUAUUUCAGAGGACCUGUUCUGGGUCCAGCAUGUAGGUGCAAUUUUGGAGAAAACAUGGCAGUGCCUCUACAUCCUUAGGAGUUUGUGAAGAUUUGGCACGAUAUCUAAAAUUUUGACAGCCUCUGUGGAUGUGUGGUGCAGAGUAUAUUGUCUGAUUGCAUUGUGGCCUGGUAUGGAAGUACCAAUGCCCAUGAAUGGAAAUAUCUACAAAAGGUAGUGGAUGUGGCCCAGUCCAUCGUACGCAAAGCCCUCUCCUCCAUUGCACACAUAUACGUGGAGUGCUGUUGUAGUAAAGCAGCAUCCAUCACUAAAGGAUUUCCACCAGCUGGGCCAUGCUUUCGUGUCACUGCUGCCAUCAGCAAGAAGGUACAGGAGCCUCAGGAUCCACAUCACCACAUUCAGGAACAGUUAUUACUCCUCAACCAUUAGGCUCUUGAAUCAGAGGGGAUAACUUCACUUGCCCCAUCUGACUGAAUUGUUCCCACGACCUAUGGACACCCUUUCAAGGAAUCUUCAUCUCAUGCUUUUGAUAUUUAUUGUUUAUUUAUUCAUUUAUUACUUUUGCUGUUGCAGUUUGUUACCUUUUGCACAUUGGUCGUUUGUCCAUUCUUUUGGGGGUGGUCUUUCAUUGAUGCUAUUGUGUUUUUUGUAUUUAUCCUGAAUGCCCGGAAGAAAAUAAAUCUCAGUGUUGUAUAUGGUGAUAUAUAUGUUCUUUGAUAAUAAAUUUACUUUGAAGAUAAAACAAUAAUCAAUGCAUUAAGAUAAAACAAUAAUCAAUGCAUUAAGAUAUAAGAGAGUACUCUGAAUAUAAAUUUUAAUCAUACUGUUAUGAUGUACAUUUUGUUUUGUUUCAGUGUUUGUUUUGGAAGCUAUAUUUGAAGACAAGAAUAGUGAGAAGUUAACAGAGGGCUAUCUAUUGAUAUGACGCAAGGAGUCCCUUCCAUUUCCAUCUGUGUCACCUUGUAUACUUCCCACCAAUUUCAGUUUCCUUGCCCAGGACUCUCAGUUUCUUUCUGGAUAACAGAUCCUACCACUCUCUUCCAUUGACUCCCACAGUUACCUUAAGUAUACUUCUCCCCAUCCUGACCCUUAGUUCUUCUGCCUCAGCUGCUUUGUUUCUUCUGAUGUUUUCCACUCCAGGACAUCCAAAGUGUCCUUUUUUCUCCCCCAGAAAAUGGGGCUCACCCCCCACUUGCCUUUUGAUGCUGCUCUCACCCCAUUCGCAACUCCCUCUGGCAUGAGGUAUGGAGUAUCCCUUGUCCUUACCUGCUAUCCAAUGAGCCAAUGCAUCUAACAUACCAUUCUCCACAACUUCUGCCAUCUCUAAUGGGAUUCCACUGCCUAGCUCAUCUUCCCCUCUGCCUCACACUUUCCUUGGAGAGGGGCACCCUCUCUGUGACAUCUUUCCCUCGUUUAUUCCCCCCCUCCAAUCAUUCAUCCCUGUACCUGCCCUACACCCACUCCUUUGCCACCAUUCAGGGCGAAACACACUCCAUCCAAGUGAGGCUGCACUUCACCUGUGAAUCUGUCCGUGUAAUAUAUUAUAUUGGGUGAUUUCAAUACAGUAUCCUCUGUAUCAGAGAGACCCAAUGCAGGUUGGAGGAUUGCUUCAUCAAGUACCUUCACUCUAUCUGCCAUAGCAGCUAGGAUCUCACAGUGACCAGCCACUUCCCACUCCCACAUUGACAUGUCUAUCCACGGCCACCAUUACUGUAAAAUGGAGACUAAAUACAGAUUUGUUUUCUCACUCAGAAGAUCUUGAAAAGGAGCAGCCCUGUGAAGUGCCACGGUCCUAUGCUUCAUGCCUCUGAAGCUCCAGCACAGAGCUUGACACCUCAGAUAAACCUAUUUCAGCAGUACAGGUGUUUCACUGAUCUCUUAUCAACAUGAACCGUGCUUUCAAUAGAAAAAAAGAUAAGACAUGGAUGCAUUCACCAGAAGCUCUAACAAAACAUUUUAUACCCUACAACGUAAAGUUUCUUGGCAAUGCUGAAGUCGAACAACCAAAGGGUACUGAAAGUGCAAAGGAUGCUGUUCGCAAACUCAAGUUUGCAAGACAUAUAAAAAAGUCAGAAGGUCAGAAGACUCCAAAAGUUGAACUACAAAUCUCCAUCUAUGGUGUCAAAAUUUUAGACUCCAAAACAAAAGAAAUUCUGCAUAAUUGUCAAUUGCACCGAAUAUCUUUCUGCGCAGAUGACAAAACUGACAAGAAGAUAUUUACUUUUAUUUGCAAGGAUGCUGAGUCAAAUAAACACUUGUGCUACGUGUUUGACAGUGAAAAGUGUGCUGAAGAGAUAACACUGACUAUUGGCCAGGCGUUUGACUUGGCCUACAAGAAGUUUCUGGAAACUGGAGGAAAAGAUGUUGAGACAAGAAAACAGAUUGCCAGCUUACAGAAACGAAUUCAAGAACUGGAAACAGAGAAUAUUGAAUUGAAAAAGAAAGUUCAGGAACUGGAAAUUAAAGUAAAUGUCACUCAAGGUCCAUCAUCACCACUGUUGCACAUCAGUUCCAGAAAGCAGCUGCAGUUGUGUCAAAGCCCAUCAGCCUUGUUCUGGUCCCAUAGCAUGGAAAAAAUGUUAUUUCCUGAAAUAGUCUCUUUUACACUUAGUCCAACAAGCCCCUCUGGCUCCAGCUUAACAGAGGGACUGUUAACACCACCUUCACCCAAAAGCAGCUCACAACAAGCAGCCAAUGAACUGAGUAUUCUUCGACCUCAUAAGGUCAUGGUUCCUCAGUCUCCAAGUACAGACUUAUUUGAUAUGGUUCCAUUUUCACCGGCAUCGCCUCUUUUACCAAUGCCAUCCAGUAAUGGUACAGAACCCCCUCCUUUACCAGUUCGAUCUUCUGAGACCAAAAGAGAUAUUUUUGGUGCUGAGCCAUUUGAUCCUUUUAUAUCAGCCGGGGGGGACUUUCCACCAGAUAUUCAGUCCAAACUGGAUGAAAUGCAGGAGGGGUUCAAAAUGGGACUAACUCUAGAAGGCACUGUGUUCUCUCUUGAUCCUCUGGACAGCAGAUGCUGACAUGAAGGAACUAAAUAUUUGCACAUUUGGAUUGAAGACACAGAGUGCCAGUGAAGUGCCAAAAUGCAUUUGUUUUCCAUACUGUUCGAUAAAUCCUUCCAGAUCCAGAUUAGAAUUUAAUUCCUCUUAUGUUCUUUCUCUUUUAAGUUGUGGAAAAAUAACACAGGAAUGUUGCUGACAAUUAAUGUUAACACACAAUGUGUUCUAUGCAGCUGCCUCUCUGCUUUUAAUUCCACUCUUUAACAAAAAGAUUAAAAUUAGAAACACCAGUGAACUUUGAGGAUCCUGAUUGCAAAGGGUUUUUUUCAAUGAGUAGAUGAACUUAAUUUGUUUCAUCUAUUGUUUUUACAUACGGAUUUCACUUUAUUUUUUAAACUGCAUUUAAUGAUAACUAACAUGCUUAAACUUCAAAUAUAUUUCUUGCAGCAAUGAGAGGGAUGGAUGCCUAGGAGUACCACAAAACUCAUUUUUUAUUGGGAAGAAUAACCUGCACAUUGUAAAAACCUUGUAUAUUCCCUUUGUACUAUUAUGUUUACCCAGUCUUAGAAGAGUGUAUUUUUAUAUGUUUAUUUUUCAGUAGUGUGUUAAAAAUAGUACAAGUAAUUUGAUACAAAGAAACUUCUUUGUAAUUACUUCAUUAUUUCACCUAGGAGGAAGAUGUAAUAACUGGAUUAUAUGCUGCCUAAACUUUACUGCUAAGACUAAAUUUUAUUCUAAACAUUCAAAUUAGAUGUUGUUUGGGUAUAUUGCUAUUACAGGUCCACAAUCCCUUAUCUGAAAUCCUUGGGGCCAGUUACAUUUUUCGGAAUUCAGAAUUUUUCGGAUUUCAGACUCCACCCCCCCCCCAUGAUACCAAAAAACACGUAUGCUCAAGUCCCUUAUUUAACCUGUCUCAGUGUGGUGGACUUUAGGACCCAGCGGCGCACCAAACCUACGCACAUCCUUCUGUAUACUUUAAAUCAUCUCUAGAUUACUUAUAAUACCUAAUACAAUGUAAAUGCUAUGUAAAUAGUUGUUAUACUGUAAUGUUUACAGAAUAAUGACAAGAAAAAAAAUUAUUUCCAACAAAACAUUCAAUAAAACAUAAAAAUAUACAGCUUCAAACGAACCGAAUUAAACACAUGAUAAAUGACAUUGGGAUAAAUGUAGAAUGUCACUGUCACCAUAAAACAUCAGUAACUUGUCUUUAUGUUUAUUUAAAUCAUAUACAGUGGUAGUUCCAACACUAUAUUCUUCAGUCAGACUCCACACAGACACACCACGAUCAAGCUUCUGCAAUAACUCCACUUUCUGCGUUAUUGAUAAUGACAGAUGAUUCCUUCUCUUUUUCUCAGUGUUAUCCAUAGGGGUAUCUGCAGCUCUUUUUGACAUUUUAACAGUGAAAUUAAACACAAAGUCAACAGUGAACACAAAAUAUCAGCGAACAGCAAAUACACGUGUAACCAGUAUGAGCGCUGAGUCACAACUGACGUCUGGCAGCCUCUGUCAGUGCUGCCACGUCACACCUGAGUGACGUCAGUUGUUGGCGAAAUAAACUUCGGUUUUCGGAGCUUUCUGGAUUUCAGAAUUUCUGAUAAAGGAAUGUGUAUAGAUGUAAAUUCUUUAUCCAUCUGACCAACUUUACAAGUGUUUAUAAGAUUUAUUUUUCUUGUUUGAAUGUCUUACCAGACUGAUUAUUUGCCCUUUGUGAUAUUUCGUUUGUGAUGCUAAAACCUUUAUGUUAAUCCUGGUCAUCGAUCAUGGAUGCAUGGAAAAGCAGGCAGCAUAAAUGAGACCUGAACACUUUUAACUUCUAAGCCUCACUCGCACAGACCUCAUUGGUCCCUGGCUUAAAAUCUGUAGGAAGUGGUAGCUGGUUGGAAGGUGAGAGCAGGUGAUUGAGCAAUACAAGAUAUUGGUAGGGACAUUUUCUUGCUAUUUUCUCUGAGCAGGAAAGCUACAAGGCGUUGCGUAGACUCCUGUUCUGUUUGUGGAAAGCACAAGGUCCUAUUUCACCAGUGACUCUGAUUCAGCUCUGAAUUAGGUUAUUAUUAGAACUUUUGGCAAGAAAGUAGAUCAUCAGCACAUAAAUUCAACUACUUAGUAUUAGCCAGGUCUGCAAGUGACGGCAUUGGUGUCCUCUGGGUGCUCCGGUUUCCUCCCAAAGAUGCACCACUUGGUAGGUUAAUUGGUCAUUGUAAUUAGAUGCUGUUUGGGUAUAUUGCUAUUAUAUAGAUGUAAAUUCUUUGUCCAUCUAACCAACUAUGAUUAGGUCAGGAUUAAAUUGGGAGAUUGCUGGGCGGUGUGGCUCGAAGGGCUGGAAGGGCCAAUUCCACGCUGUAUCUCAAUUAAUUAAUUAAUUAAGUUGGAUUCACUCUUUUAGAGGCAGUUUUAACUUAGACAAAGCACUUAAAGAUACAGAAAUCCAUCUGACCAUUCUACUCAUUCUUGUGUAUAUGCAUCUGUUGCUUCUAACAGAUCUUUUAUCUCCACUGCCAUAACCCAAGGGCCACUUCAAAUAAGUUAUCUCUCAUAUAAAUAUAUGAUCUGUUACAUCUGUGCUUUUACUAAUUAAUAGCCAUUAUUUAUACAACUUCUGUAGUUUACUUUGAAAAUUCUUUUCUAUUCAAAUCAGUAUCCCCGUAUCAGCCUACUCAUUUGCUUCUUUGAAACUGGUAUCCCUACAGUUUUGGACAUUUUACAUUACUGUAGUUUAGAUCAACGUAAAUGAUGUUUCCAGAGAUUUUGAUUUCUUCUUUGUUCUAACUUAAAAAAAAACUGCGGUUGCAUAACAAGUUACCCUUGUCAUAGUUUUGCCCACAUUUGGAAUGAGUUUAAAUUCUUCCAUAGUUAUUUUGACUUCAUUGUCAAACCUCAAACAGAUCCCUCAAAACCAACAACCAACAGCAUGUACGUAAUAUAUGCAUAUAUAUGCAAAAUCUAGAUCUAAAGAUAUAAUGGGUCAUAUGUUCACUGUUCUAUGCUGGCCCGUGCAAAACCAAGCCAAUUAUGUCGCUGGCUAUGACUAAUUUCUGGGUAUACAGAAAACUCAUUCCCUCGCUUUCCAACAUAUCUGCAUUGUCCUCCAAGUUUUACCAACUCAGUUUUAGCCCCAAGCAUUAAUCAUUUAGCCUUUCACAGCAAAUCCUUUCAACGUUCUGGUAUUUAAAAAAAAAUCCUGCCACAGAUCAAUUAAGCACAAGCAAUAAUUGCAGUUUGAUCUCUACAUAUAAUUAUGGUUGUUUAUUAUCCUCCCAGGUGUUUGUUAUAUUUAAAUUGUAGAUCUAAGGUACAUUAUCCUUAAGUGUAGAAAGUCUGAUUCUUCAGUAUUAUACAAAAAUGAAGAGAUGUACAAUGAGGAUGGAUCAAUUAAAUCUGGCAUUCCCUUUAGAGAAUUGUAUUUUUAUGAAUGAUAAUAAAUGUAACUGUAAGCUUUGCCAGUAUUUCAUAUAACCAUCUUUCUUGUUUGCAAUAUGCAAAUGUAUGAAGUCUUCCUAAUCCUACCUGUAUCUGUAUCACAAGCUAUUUUUUUCUUGGUUAGUCACAUUGAAUGUCUAAAUGCUUCAAAGCCUACUUAUCAGCAAGAUCCAUAUAUUUGUCAAUAUUUUCCUAUGCUGUUUAUAUUGUGAAGAUAGCAUAUUGUAUUACUGUUUACAUUAUCAGUGACUUGUUAUAAUUUUUUUUUAAAUGUAAGUGCAUCUGUCACAUAUCUGUGUAGACACAGAUUUUAACCAAAAAUAGGCAGUUUUACAUAUGUAAAAUAUAAAUGCAUAUGAAUUUGCUCCUUUCUUGUUCUAAAACUUUGCGAUUUGUCAGCAUAUAGAUAUUGUAACAGCUUAAGCAUCAAUUGGAUUAACUGCUAGCGAAUUAAUCCACUUUUGAUUUUGUGAAAAUCUCCAGCAAAUUAUAAUUUAGAUUCAUAACUAUUUCAGUGUUACGCCAGUAUCUGGUAAUAUUAAAUAUACAUAAACAUUGUGCUGAACCAAAAAAAUGUUAGUUUUUCUAAUGGAUGCAUAUUGUUGUAUCUCUCGUCAUUUUGGAAGAUGGAGGCAGACAAAAUCUACAGUACAGUAACAAAAACAGAAAUGCUGGAAGAAUUCAGGCAGUGAUGCAUUAGCUCUGGCAAAAGAAACCAGUGAACAUUUUGGGUCAACAAUUCUAAUUCAGAGCUGGAGGGCUUACAGUUUUCAAAGCAGAGCCGGAUUAGAAAGAGUGAGGUGUAAAACAAAAUGCUCUGUGGAGAUCGGUUAUGGCAGAUCAGAUGACAAAAACCACACAUACCAAUGAUCUGCAAGGAAUUUUGAAGAAACUGGGUACAAAAGGGAAUUGAGUGUGAUAACAAGAGCAUCAAUGCGGCGUAUCUAUAGUACAGUGUAUCUUUGUAAUGCCUGUUAUAAUGUCUCCUUCAUUUUCCAAUAAACUUCAGAUAACAAACAACUUAAAUUGACUAA